CAGGACAUCGACAGACAAAUGUGGUGCAGCGUUCUGUCUGCUACGACCCGUCUACUGUCCGUCAACAGCGGGUUUACAAAGCAUCAGCCCUUUAAACCCAAUAAGAACACAUUUACUUCUUACACGUUACUUUUUCCCCGAAUGUGAGGUGGUUUGGGUCUCCAGCCAUGCUCCAGCAGAGCCCCUGAUCAGUGCAGCAACAGCCCGCCCAGCUCAACCCGGAGCCAGGAUGUCCAGUAGCUCGGGCUAUCCCCCUACCCAGGGCAGCUUCAGCAGUGAGCAGAGCCGCUACCCAUCACACUCUGUCCAGUACACCUUCAGCACCACACGCCACCAACAGGAGUUCACCGUCCCGGACUACCGAGGUCACCUGCAGGACCAGCAAGGUCGACGAAGGCCUUCCUUGCUUUCGGAAUUCCACCCUGGAACUGAGAGGCCUCCAGAGAGACGUCAUGGCUACGAGCAGCAGUUCCACAGUGUCACCUCCCAGCAGCAGGCUGACGGCCACGAGGCUCUGGAGGCCAAGCGGCCCCGCAUGGAGACUGUCUCGGAGGCCCACUUCACCCGCGGUGCCCUGCCUGGGGGAAUCAUUUUACCCCUGCAGUCCCACCAGGUCCAGGACAGCCUCAGAACCAACGUAGGGGAGGUCAAUAAGGAGACCCAGUUCAGUGGCAUGAAAGCUGAGUCCCAGGCUCCAGGAGGGCUGCAUCACGUGGGGGGGGUGCCUGACAGCUCGCCCUCCAGAUUGUCCAAGGAGGAGCUGAUCCAGAGCAUGGACCGUGUGGACAGAGAGAUCGCUAAAGUGGAGCAGCAGAUCUUCAAGCUGAAGAAGAAGCAGCAACAACUGGAGGAGGAAGCGGCGAAGCCAGUGGAGCCAGAAAAGCCAGUGACCCCUCCCCCCAUACCACAGGAACACAACAAGCACCGCAGCAUUGUCCAGAUCAUCUAUGACGAGAACAGGAAAAAAGCUGAAGAGGCCCAUAAGAUAUUCGAAGGUCUUGGUCCUAAGGUUGAACUGCCCCUGUAUAAUCAGCCAUCGGAUACAAAGGUUUACCAUGACAACAUAAAGACUAAUCAAGUGAUGAGGAAGAAACUGAUUCUGUUUUUCAAGAGAAGGAACCAUGCUCGUAAACAAAGGGAACAGAACAUCUGCCAGCGCUACGACCAGCUAAUGGAGGCCUGGGAGAAGAAGGUGGAGCGGAUGGAGAACAACCCGCGUCGCAAGGCCAAAGAUAGCCGCACCAGAGAGUACUAUGAGAGACAGUUCCCCGAGAUACGCAAGCAGAGAGAGCAGCAGGAGCGCUUCCAGAGGGUUGGUCAGAGAGGAACUGGAAUGUCUGCGACCAUUGCCAGAAGCGAGCAUGAGAUUUCUGAAAUCAUCGAUGGCCUUUCUGAACAGGAGAAUAACGAGAAGCAGAUGAGACAGCUGUCCGUCAUCCCACCCAUGAUGUACGACACCGAGCAGAGGCGAGUCAGGUUCAUCAACAUGAACGGCCUGACGGAUGACCCCAUGAAGGUGUACAAGGCUCGGCAGUUCAUGAAUGUGUGGACCGAACAGGAGAAGAGUAUCUUCAAAGAAAAGUUUGUUCAGCACCCAAAAAAUUUUGGCCUCAUUGCUUCUUAUCUAGAGAGAAAGUGUGUGUCCGAUUGUGUCCUGUACUACUACUUGACCAAGAAGAACCAGAACUACAAGACACUGGUGAGACGCAACUACGGCAGACGGCGAGGGAGAAAUCACCAAAUAACACGAUCCUCACAAGAAGAAAAGUCAGACGAUAAACCUGAAGAGGACAAGUUGGAGAAGUCAGAGAAAAAAGAGGACGAGCAGAAUAAGGAAGAGGAAGAGAAAGAUGAAAAGGAGGACUCCAGGGACAUCGGAAAAGACAAAGACAAGUGUGACGGCGGGGAGGACGAGGACGGUAAGGAGCAGAGCACGCCACGUGGCAGGAAGACCGCCAACAGCCAGGGCCGGCGCAAGGGAAGGAUCACCACGCGCUCCAUGGCCAAUGAGGCUGCCUCUGUGGCGGCCGAGGAGCCACCGCCACCCGAGCCUCUCUUGCCCUCCGAGCCCCCUCAUCCUUCCAAACCUGAGCCUACUAUCCAGAAGGCUGUGAGAGAGCCCACCAAAUCUGCACCGGGUGAGCCCCCCAUGGACCCUAACAGAGGAGCAGGAGGAGCUGCUGCUGCGAACGGCGAAACCGGAGAGACUUCUCGCUGGACCGAGGAGGAGAUGGAGGUUGCCAAAAAAGGGCUUGUCGAGCACGGGCGCAACUGGCCAGCCAUUGCCAAGAUGGUGGGCACCAAGAGCGAGGCUCAGUGCAAGAACUUCUACUUCAACUACAAGAGACGGCACAACCUGGACAACUUGCUCCAGCAGCACAAGCAGGACACACGGCGGGCACGGGGAGAUCAAGACCCGUCUCAGAGCGAGAGCAUGGCUUCAGCUGACGACGACCAAAACCCAGAGGAUAGUGAUGGUGGAGAUAACAGCUCAGACACAGAGAGCGCCCCGUCCCCGUCGGACCCCUCCAAGGCCGGAGGGGAUUCCCAGAGGGGAGACGGAGCUGGAGGGUCAGAGAACCAGUGGUCCAACAAGGGCCAGGCUAGCAAUGGGAGGGUCCAGGAGCCCUCCUACGGGGAGCUGAGGGUCAAGUUGGAGAAGAGCCCAGAGGGAGAGGCCAGAGAGCCUGGCUCUCAGGAGGAUGGAGAGAGGGCCCGGGUGGCCUACGAGGGCCAUGGGCACCCCAAGAGCGAGCCCCAGGAUGUGGACAUGAAGCCUGGGGGGGCCGGGGAGGUGCAGGUGAAGGUGGAGCCUGACUCUGCCAAGGAGAAGGGGGAGCCAGAGAAGCAGAGGGAGGGGCACCACUCAGACAACGACUCCAGUGCCACCUGCAGCGCCGACGAAGAUGUAGACGCUGAGCCCGAGAGACAGAGGAUUUUCUCUAGUAUGGACAAGCCUUCGUUGCUCAGCCCUCCCGGCUCAGUGCUGAUGUCCACGGCCAAGCAGGCCCACCUCAACAUGCAGCAGCUCCAGCAGCGCGCCGCUACCAUCCCGCCCAUGGUGGUUCCUUUUGGUCCUGGUGGAAUUUCCAUAGGAGCCCCCCUCAGCGGUUUUGCCAUGUUCCAGCACCAGAUCACGGCUGUGCACGAGUCAGCCCAUGCCGAGGAGAAACAGAGGCAGGACCAGGCUGACCCCGAGCGCAGCAGACAACCCACCAACUGCCCUGGCUUCACCAACCACAGCCCCACCAUAGUGGACAGGGAGGGUAAGCCCUUCCCCUACAUGCCUUAUGAUAUGAAGAUGGCUCUGGAGCAGGAGGCCAAGUCUGGUCGGCCAGGCUCUCCCUACGGGCUCUCUCCCAGGGACAUGAGCAAGGCCUCUCCUCAGCCCAAUGACCCCAACGCCUCCCGCUACAGCGUGCCUCCAGUGCUCCAGCCAGCUCCCAACCAGGUGGUCCAGAGCCUGCCUGAUGGAGUCCGUGUGACUUUCUCCAGACACAGCCGUCCCGCCAACAUUCCAUCUCCUCCUCCAUUAAUUCCAACCUCCAAACCCACAGACAAGCCCUCCUUUAUCCAGGGUGGCUCCAUCUCCCAGGGGACUCCUGGUACGUACCUACCGUCUCAUGCUGUCUACGGUGGCCCAGAGGGGGCAAAGAGUUCUGUGGGCUCCAUAUCUCUGGGCCUGCCCAGGCAGCAGGACCCCACCAAGCCUGUAUCCUACAUUAAGCAGGAGCAGUGUUCUCCGCGUGGCCAGUCUGAGGGACUCCUCUCUCGCACGCAGUAUGAGGGGGUAGUCAGAGGAGGCCCAAUGGAUGGGGGUAUCAGCAGGGGAAACCCAGCCAGAGGAUCAAUCACACAGGGCACGCCAGCCCUGUCCGGGUCCAGCAUUGCGGCUGACCUGCUGAAGGGCACCAUCACCAAGCUGCCCACGGAGGACCUGAGCAGCCCAGAGAAGGCUCGGGAACAGCUGGCCAAGGGACACGUCAUCUACGAAGGCAAGAGUGGACACAUCCUCUCCUACGACGCCAUUAAAAACCCAAGAGAGGCCACGCGUAGCCCCAGGACAGGCCAUGAGCUCAAACGCUCCUACGAUAUGAUGGAGGUCGCCAGAGGCCACCCCGGGAGAGAGGGAGCCCCCUUCGAAGGGUUGAUCAGCCGAGCCCUGCCCAGAGACAGUCCCCACGGGGAGUCUAAGGAGAGGCCCAUGAUGACUGGAUCCAUCAUGCAAGGUACACCCAGAACCUCUGCAGAGGCCUAUGAGGAGAGCAUGAAGUACGGCAAGCAGAUAAAGAGGGAGAGUCCACCCAUCCGCUCCUUUGAGGGGGGGAUAGGUAAGGGUAAGCCCUACGAGGGGGUGAACACCAUUAAGGAGAUGGGCCGCUCCAUCCACGAGAUCCCCCGCCAGGAGAAGCCUGGACAGGACCCCCGCAAGACCCCCGACAUGGCUGCCAACAUCCGAGCCUCCAUGGAGGGCUCUAUAUCCCAGGGCCAUCCUCUGAGCCAGUCGGCCAUCAAGCACAACGUCAAGUCCCUGAUCACCAGUCCCAGUAGGCUGCCCCAUGGUCACACCAUGCCCCCACUGGAGGCCAUGGAGCGGGCCAAGUAUGAGGAGAGCAAGGCGGCAGCGGAGCAGCGAGCUCGCCACACAUCUGUGGUCAACUCGGCAACCUCCGUCCUGCGUUCCACCCACCAGGAGCAAGGAAAGUCCCAGCUCAGCCCGGGCAUGUACCAAGAUGCUGACGCCCGCAGGACCCCGGUCAACUACAGCACUAGCUCCAUGUCCAGAGGCUCACCAAUGCUGGGCCGAGGACAGGAGGGCUCUGGGAAGCCUGCGUCCCAUGACCGGAAGAGUACCAUGACCCCCACUCAGAGGGACAGUGUUCCAGCCAAGUCUCCUGUGUCAGGGGUGACCCCACACCCUAUGGCCUCCCACAGCCCCUUCGACCCCCACCACCGCCCCAUGGCCCCCGGAGAGCCCAGGUUCCACCUACCUCCACACCUAGACCCUGCCCUCUUCCACAGGGCCGUCCUGGACCCAGCUGCGUACAUGUUCCCGAGGCAGCCGUCCCCAACGGGCUACCACAACACCUACCAGCUGUACACCAUGGAGAACACGAGGCAGACCAUCCUCAAUGAUUAUAUCACCUCCCAGCAGAUGCAGGUUAUCCCACGGCCCGACGUCGCCAGGGGCCUGUCGCCACGGGAACAGCAACCGAUAGCUCUGUCUUACCCUCCCGGAGCGCGAGGGAUUAUUGAUCUAGCCCAGAUGCCUCCAACUAUCCUGUUGCCUCACCCUGGGGGAACAGGUACUCCCACUUUGGACCGCAUCACCUACAUCCCUGGAGCUCAACCCCCUUUCCCUCCUAGGCCUUUCAACCAAGCCUCCAUAUCUCCAGGCCACCAAGCCCACCUCGCAGCUACUGCAGCGGCCAACCAGGAGCGAGAACGAGAGAGGGAGCGUGAUCGGGAGCACCGAGAGAAAGAGAGAGAAAGGGAGCACAGGGAGCGGGAACAGGAGCAAAGACAACGAGAGCGUGAGCGAGCAGUGGCUGCAGCGGUUGCCAAUGACUACAUGCGUGGAGGUCCUGGGCAGCCAGACAGACCAGGUAGCCGUGGAUACCUGCGUAGCCCCUCCCCCUCUAUGAGGUCACAGGAAGCCCAGCAGCAGCGGCCCAGCAUCUUCCAGGGAGCCAACAGCAAGGGCGUCAUCACCCCUCUCAUGCCGGCAGCGGCAGCAGCCCAGGCAGGAGCCCGUUACAGCACUGCAGCCGACGCCCUGGCUGCCCUGGUGGACGCCGCCGCCUCCGCCCCUCAAAUGGACGUCAACAAAGGCAAGGACUCUUCCAAGCAUGACCGAGACGACGACGACAUGUCUUUAUCAUCCUCGGUGGCCAGACGGCAGCACGAGCAGCAGGAGGCAGACAGGCGCUCCAUGCAGUCUCCCUACGGCCCAAUGUCUCUGCCAGGGGGGAAACUCCACCAAGGAUACGCUGAGGGGCCCAGUGGUCCCCAGGGGAGUAAGGACAAGGGUCCUCCCAGCAAGUCACGCAUCGAGGAAGAGCUGAGGACCAGAGGAAAGACCACCAUCACGGCCGCCAACUUCAUUGACGUCAUCAUUACAAGCCAGAUCGCCUCGGACAAGGACUCCCGGGAGAGAGGCUCCCAGAGCUCAGACUCCUCCAGCAGCUUGUCGUCCAGUAGGUAUGAGAACCCCAGUGGAGGAGCCAUCGAUGCGAUCAGCCCAGCCAACUCUCCAGCACAGUCCCAGCAGCAGCAGGACGACAGGGACCGGGCCGACAGGGACCGGGCCGACAGGGAGAGGGCCGACAGGGACCGGGCCGCACAGGCAGCAGCACAAGCAGCUGGCAUGCGUCCCUUUGACAUGAUCCGCUACCGCCAGUCAGCAGAGUCACAGCAGCCCCCCUCCUCCCAGGCUGACGGAGGGUACUCCCAGUCCCAGCAGGUCCCCAAGACCCACCGGGUCAUGACCCUGGCUGACCACAUCUCGCAUAUCAUCACCCAGGACUUUGCCAGGAACCAGGACCCUCCUCAGUCCUCCACUACCAUCUCCUCCUCUGCCACCACCACAUUCCAGAGUGCCCCGCUGCCCGUGUCUAUCGGGGGUCGUGCCAAGGUCCCCAGCCGCUACAGCCCAGAAAACCACCAGAGACCCACACCCAGCAGAGUGUCUCCCGAUAAUGCCCCUGACAAGCCCAGAGCCAGACCUGGUAAAUCCCCUGAUCGGGGUGGCAGGGGGGCGAUAGAGAGCUAUGAGCCCAUCUCCCCUCCCCAGAGCUACCAGGAUAAACAAGAGGCCAGAGAGCAGCAGCAACCACAGAGGCGAGAGGCUGACCAGCCUGAGAUGAGGGGUGACUCUCGCUCCCCUGGCAGUGUCAGCUACCUGCCCUCCUUCUUCACCAGGCUGGAGAACACCUCCCCUAUGGUGAAAUCCAAGAAGCAGGAGAUCAUUCGUAAGUUGAACUCCUCUGGUGUCAGUGAUUCUGAUGUUGGAAAUGCACAACCAGGCACAGAGAUCUUCAACUUGCCUGCUGUGACCAGCUCAAGUAGCGUGAACCCCAGGAACCACUCCUUCAGCGACCCGGCCAGUAACCUGGGCCUGGAGGACAUAAUUCGCAAGGCCCUGAUGGGGAACCUGGAAGAAAGGCCAGAGGAGCACCAGGGAGGGCCUCAGCCCAGCUCUAACACCCCCAGUAACGAGGCCCGCCAGGAGGCCAACCCUUCACCUAGCAUGGGCAAACAGAAACUGCAGAGCAAAGCCAACAGCCGAAAAUCAAAGUCGCCCAACCCAGGCCAGGCAUACACAGCAGCAGAGCGGCCCUCGUCAGUCUCUUCCGUCCACUCAGAGGGAGACUACCACCAGCAGCCCCCAGCCUGGUCCUGGGAGGACCGGCCCUCGUCCACAGGCUCCAUGCAAUUCCCCUAUAACCCCUUGACCAUGCGCAUGCUGAGCAGCACCCCCCCCACCUCCAUACAGGCCCAGCAGCCCCCACCUGGAGGCCCUCUGGGGCCCCAGCAGCAACAGCGUGUAUGGGAGCGAGAGCCCCUACUGUCGGAGCAGUAUGAGACCCUGUCAGACAGUGACGACUGAUCCCUGCCACAAGAAUCCUACCUGCCCCCCAUCCCACUCCAGAGGAAGGGCAGGCCUCUCAGUACAGGCCUGCAUGCCCCCCCCACAAAAAAAUUACUAUCCUCACUCACUGGUGCUGAUCGAGUGUGGGGAGAACAGGGGGUGUGGCGGUAUCCCUUUUGGUUCAAGUGCGCCCUCUAGCUGCCAGCAGGAAGAAAGGCAGCGAGUGACUUCUGACGGGCUGGAAUCUUCAGGAUGGACUGACUGACUCCCUUUACGUCCAGAAGCUUUGAUAGACACAGCCUGCCAGGACGGAGAACGCCUGAGUGGAAGAUAUGAUGAAAGAUGAAGAACUUGUAUGUAAAAAGAUGAAAAAAAACCAACACUUUUUUGUGGUUGAUUUCUGUAAAGAAAUGCUUUUGUCUUUAAGAAAAAUCAUUAUAUGUAAAUAGAGUAACCUUUUGCAGUGGUUUUUUUCUGAACUUUUAGUGAUGCUUUUAAAUGGAUCCACUUUGUUUUUGAAUGAAUGGGGGGGGUUAAUCUUGAAUAUCAGUCGGUCUCUCCCUGUCCAUCUCGUACCCCCCACCUAUCUAGCACCACAGUGAAGCUGAGAGACAGAACCUGUGGGUUGUACUUGAUAAUGAGGGGAGAACUGUAGGAGAAGCCCUGACCACCAAGCACCACCAAAGCCUGUUGUGGACAUAAGUGAAUGAAACAAACACAUGUUAACAUUUCAAUUGCGGCUUUGUAAUUUGAUGCCUGUCUUUGCAACACUGUGGAGAAAGAUGAUGCAUGGAUGUAACAAUAUUCCCCCUGAUCUAGAACUUAAAGAAAGCUUUUGUCAGUCAGUCACCACACCCUUGAGACAAAACUCAUGUAUUUGGUACAAGUUGAGAACACUGGUGUAGGAGCAAGCAGAAAGGUGAAAGAAGACUAAUUAAUAAGCUUGAUGUUGUCCCAAGUUGUUUCUUCUCCUCAUGACUACUUCUGGGCCCCCAUGUUGAUCUGAACUCUGUCAUUGAGCCAAUAGUUUUUGGAUUAAGCUGACCACCACUACGGUGGGUGUAUUGUAUGGCACACAGUCUGACCCGUAGCUAUCCCUCUAGGGUUUCCAACAAGUGCAGAAUGUUCUACUUACAGUACUCUGCAACCCAUGUUGUCAUGGUAACUAAAGUACAUUGGGAACCUUUUCUAGAGGUUCGCCCAUGCCUUGUGGCUGGAGAAAAAUAAGGCAGCUUUAAACACAUUUUCUCAGAGAUAUAAGUUGGUGUUUUUUAAUGUUUUUGUUUUGUAUCCUUAGUCCUUUUUUUUGUAUACUGUCCAGACAGAAAACCGAUUUGUGCGAUUUGUCUUAUGUUUUAGACAACAAAAGACAAAUAACCAAACAUAAAUGGUCUGCACCAUUGUUGCACUUUUUGCUUUGUAACCUUUGACAACAAAAGCAUACUUUCUACCUGUUGUAUAACUUAUUCACGCUCCUGCAGAGGAUUGUACUGAGAUGUGCUUUGACUUUGCCCAUCACUCAUGGAAACCUGGAUGUUUAUGACCGAGAUCCUGUCUUCUCUUGUAGCUGGUACAUGGUUUUGUAGUGUGACAUGCAUUGCAGUUUUACUUUUGUUUGGGGUACAGUCAAGAUGUUAAGGAAGAGUUGCUUUUUUGCUGUCAUGGUGACUAUUCAAAUCCAUGGCCUCUUAAUCUAUUCUCAAUAUUCUAGAUUAAUAUCAGCCGUUUUUUUGUCAACAGACAUGUAGCUUCUUUAAAUUUUGAAUUUUGACAAGGUCAACUUUGAUAUUGACAGUAAUGUUCCAUGUUGGUUCUCUCAGCUUUUGCUUUGCUUAAAUAACAAUCCCAAUCUGCUCUAAACUAGAUUUAUUUUCCCCAAAAAAUAUUUUGAUUUGUUUGAAGUCCUAGAGCUCAGAUUUUUGCUAUCAUUUUCAACAUCAGUUAUUCAACAUCCUAUUUUUGAUGGGAUGUCAUGUGUUUACAACGGCAAUGACAAAAAGUUUACUUGAAUCUUAAAGAAAAUCGAAAUGAAGACAGAAAAUAAUUAGUGCAUCUUUUCAGCUCAAUGGUUGAGUCCAAAAUGGCAACCUAUUCCCUAUAUAGUGUACUACUUUUUUGAGUGAUAUCCAAUCUGUUAAACAACAUUUGGCUGUUUAAAAUUUGAGACUUAAACCCAUGUAGCCCAUGAUGUUGAAAUGCAAUGUUUGUAUCGCACAAUGUCUCUUAAUAGUCUAUUACAAGAGUUCAGACCAAUCAAUAAAGUGGAUCAGUUCUCCACCUCAAACGUU